AUGCCAUUUGCGCAGCUCAUUCUCGGCGCUCCAGGCUCUGGAAAGAGCACGUAUUGCGAUGGCAUGCACCAGUUCAUGGGCGCGAUUGGUCGCGCGUGUUCUGUGGUCAACCUCGAUCCCGCAAACGACCACACAAACUACCCGAAAGCGCUCGACAUCCGUGAUCUCGUCAAGCUGGAAGAUAUCAUGGCCAGUGACAGGCUUGGUCCCAAUGGUGGCAUUCUCUAUGCCCUGGAGGAGCUCGAGCAUAACAUGGAGUGGCUAGAGGAAGGCUUGAAAGAAUUCAGCGAAGAUUAUAUUCUCUUUGACUGCCCCGGGCAAGUCGAGCUCUAUACACACCACAACUCUCUGCGCAACAUCUUCUUCAGGCUACAGAAGAUUGGCUUUAGGCUCGUUGUCGUGCACCUCUCCGACUCUUUUUGCUUGACACAACCCUCUCUGUACAUCUCCAACCUGCUCCUGGCCCUUCGUGCCAUGCUCCAGAUGGAUAUGCCACAUAUCAACGUCCUGACCAAGAUCGAUAAAGUCGCCUCCUACGACAACCUCCCAUUCAACCUCGAAUACUACACCGACGUCGACGACCUCUCUUAUCUGAUUCCAUACCUGGAAGAAGAAUCGCCAGCAAUGCGCAACGAGAAAUUCAGCAGGCUGAACGAAGCCGUGUCAAAUAUGAUCGAGAGUUACAGCCUAGUCAGGUUCGAGGUCCUCGCAGUUGAGGAUAAGAAGAGCAUGAUGCAUCUUCUUCGGGUAAUUGAUCGAGCUGGGGGAUACGCCUUUGGCAGCGCAGAGGGCGCAAAUGACUCCGUCUGGCAGGUCGCAAUGCGCAAUGAGUCGUCCAUGAUGGAGGUACAGGAUAUCCAGGAGCGCUGGGUUGAUCGCAAGACGGAAUACGACGAGCUGGAGCGGAAAGAAUGGGAGGAACAGGCCAAGAUGCGGGGGGAGGAUGAUCCCAACGCCGGGCAGGCGCCCCAGCCGUCUGCCGAUUACGAUCCAGACUUUGGCGAUAUGACGAUACCUGCAGAUAGUGGCGUAAAAGUAGUGCGCAAGAACAAAUGA